AUGCUAUACAGGCAACUCGUUGCUACUGCCCUUUGUGGCGCGGCAGCCAUCGACACGGCGCUCGCCACUCCUUUUGAUGCUGGGCGACUGCUCAGUAAGAGGGACGUACCCAGUACCCACGUCCUCCAUGAGAGGCAGAUGCCGCACUGGUCCUGGACUUGGGAGAAGAAGCAGAAGGUCAAGAAGUCCACAGUCCUGCCCAUGAGAAUCGGACUGCGGCAGCUUGAGGAUAAGCUGCAGGAGGGCCGUGAUCGUCUAGUAGAGAGGUCAAACCCCUCGUCGCCGUACUACGGCCAGAGCAUGUCUGCUCGUGAAGUCAUUGACUUCUUCGCGCCUCCGAAGGAAAGCGUUGAGGUUGUUAGAGACUGGCUCGUCGCCGGCGGUAUUGAUGUUCAUCGGAUCUCGCAGUCGGUCAACAAGCAGUGGAUCCAAUUCGACUCCACAGUCGCUGAAGCUGAGGACCUCCUAUUCACCGAUUAUUUCUACUGGGAGCACAGCUCGACUGGUAGCGAGAACAUUGCUGCCGAGGAGUACCAUAUCCCAGCCCAUGUGCAAGCCCAUAUUGACUACAUCACUCCAGGAAUCCGACUUCGUGCUGAUCCAGGUCGCGUGCGCCGUCUCAAGCGCCGGGCUGAGGCUGAGCAACUCCGCAAACGCUCCGUGAAGGCUAUGAACACUGGGGUUGAGGUUAUCGGAACAGAUGCAUCCACGUUGCCUCCCCUCAACAGUUCGAACUGUGACUCUUAUGUCACACAGGAGUGCAUCCGGACUCAGUACAGUAUCCCCAAGGGUGACAAGGCCGCUGAGGGUAACGAGCUCGGCAUCUUUGAGUCCCUAGGCGACCACUACGCUCAGAAUGACCUCGAUGUGUACUGGUCUACCCUUUAUCCGGAAAUCCCAAACGGCACCUACCCUAUUGAGAAGAACAUAGACGGUGCCUACGGCGCUGCCAAAACCCUGGAGGCAGCCGGUAUCGAGUCAGAUCUGGAUUUUGAGGCCGCGCAGCCUCUUAUAUGGCCCCAGAAGACUAUCCUGUUCCAGACCGACGAUGAAAACUAUCAACAAAAUGAGACUUCUCUAACCACACCGCUGAAAGGCUUCUGGAACACUUUCUACGACGCUUUGGAUGGGAGUUAUUGCACCUACAGCGCAUAUGGCGAGACGGGUAACUGCGUGCUUCCCGAGUGCCUCGAUCCAGAGUACCCGGAUCCCAACCCAGACGGCUACAAGGGUCAGCUGCAAUGCGGUGUCUAUGAGCCUACGAACGUGAUUAGUAUCUCGUACGGAGGUGGCGAAUCAGAUGUCCCGAGUUACUACACGAAGAGGCAAUGCGACGAGAUCAUGAAAUUGGGCCUGCAGGGGACAACCGUCGUCAUCAGCUCCGGCGAUGACGGCGUUGGCUCUUAUGAAGGCGAUGGCGGCCCGAACGGCUGUGCUGGGCCUGAAGGCAGAGUCUUCUACCCAGCUAGUGAUGCUACAUGCCCGUAUGUCUUGGCAGUUGGGUCUAACCAGCUGGACAAGGUGUCUGGAAACUCGUCAAUGCCGAAGUAUGUCGAAAGUGCUACCGCCAGGUUCCCCUCGGGCGGCGGGUUCAGCAACUACUUUGACACACCAGAUUACCAGAAAGAGCAAGUCGCAACGUACUUCGAAACAGUUACGUUGAACUUCACCGGAUACACGGACCCAGGUACCAAUUUCUCGGCUGUUGGCGAUGGCGUUUACAAGAUCGGCGGCCGCGGAUAUCCUGACGUCUCUGCGAUUGGCGAUCGAUUUGUAAUCCGAGGGGCCGGCUCAUGGGGUCGUGUUGGCGGGACGUCUUUGUCUGCGCCGAUCUGGGCUGCCGUCCUGACAAGGAUAAACGAGGAGAGAAUCGCGGCUGGUAAAAGCACGCUCGGCUUCGUAAAUCCCAAGCUGUAUGCCCAUCCUGAGGUGUUUACGGAUGUCACCGACGGGUCCAACCCAAACUGCUUCUCCACGGGAUUUCUAGCUGCUCCUGGUUGGGACCCUGUGACUGGACUCGGCUCACCUGACUACCCCAAGCUCCUGGAUCUUCUCUUGAGUGUGUAA